CCUAACAAACCCUUAAGAGGUGGCAGAUGGCUGAGGGAUUACCCAGGUAAUUAUUUAAUGCUGAUCAAAAAAAAAAAUAGCAGCUAAACCUGGCAGCUUAAUCCCUUCUGCAUGCCUCCCCCUUGGAAAUGUGCUACGCACAGGGUAAACUGUAUAGACAAAGGAAGGAUCAGUCAAUCAUCUGCUGCAAUCAUAAACAGAGGCUCUGCUUUUGGUGACUUACUUUCCUUACAGUGAUACGGCUACAGAGAAUGUAGAAGUAUGGGCGAAGUCCAAAAGGGUUUGCUGUCACUUGUACAAGAACUGAAGACCUUAAACAGUUUUGAUGAAAAUGGGAUAAGAAUUGUUUUGCUGGGACUGGACAACGCAGGUAAAACCACCAUUCUGACCAGGCUCGCCUUGGAGGAAGUCAGCAGUAUCACUCCCACACAGGGAUUUAACAUCAAAAGUGUCCAAUCCCAAGGUCUGAAGCUAACGGUCUGGGACAUUGGGGGUCAAAGGGCAAUACGUACACACUGGAAAAAGUAUCUCAGCAGCACUGAUCUGUUGAUCUAUGUCGUGGACAGUGCAGACCGAAAACGUUUUGAAGAAACAGGACAGGAACUGGCAGAAUUAAUAGAAGAUGACAGCCUCUUGGGAGUUCCUUUGCUGGUGUUUGCCAAUAAGCAAGAUUUACUGACUGCGGCCCCUGCAGCUGAAAUAGCAUCGGGAUUAAAUUUACACACGUACCGAGACCGAACCUGGCAGAUCCAAGCAUGCUCAGCCAUCUCAGGAGAAGGCAUUCAGGAUGGGAUGGACUGGAUAUGCAAGAAUAUUGUGGCUAAGAAAAAGUGAAAAUCAUGCUGGAAGUUUUUUGGCAUCUUCUGCUUACUGUCACCUAAAUAUGUCUUACCUAUGUUUUACCAAAUGAAGUAACUGCAAAAUGAGACAUAUAUGAAAUAAAAAACAUAAACUCC